ACUGUACACCAACACUCCAUUUGCGAACACGUCCACGCACGACUCUAUUCACACCCAAAGUACAAUAGCAGCAUAUAAAACCAUUCCAUACCAUCUCGAGCAAAUACCACCAUCAUGUCCAACCUCAUCGACGCAGAUGCAGGCACCGAGCGCUUCGGCGGCUACGAAGCCGAGCUCAAGCUGGUCCAGGCCGAUCUCAGCCAGCAAAUAGAGCAGAUCAAAGAGACGACGGGAGAGCCCAGGAAAGCCGCGAUUAGCAGGGCAGAGCGAGCGCUGGAGGAGGCCGAAGAGCUGAUUGGCCAAAUGCGCAUCGAAAAAUCAAACAUCCCCGCCAACCUGAAAUCCAAAUACAAUGCGCGCUUCCGCAACUUUGAGCACGACAUCGACACCACCAAGCGCAAGCUAGAAACCUACACCUCGGAUCGCUCCAAACUCUUUGGUGACCGCUACACCGACAACCCAGAGGGAGGCGACGCCCAGCUCGAGCAGCGCCAACAACUUCUCUCAGGAACCGAUCGCUUGAACAGGUCCAGUGGAAGGCUGAGGGAGAGCCAGAGAAUUGCGCUUGAGACGGAGCAGAUUGGUGCUAAUACAUUGGGUGAUCUGCACAGACAGCGGGAGCAGAUUGUGAACACAAGAGAGAGGUUGCUGGAAAGCGAGACCUAUACUGAUCGGAGUAUCAAGACGUUGAGGGGCAUGGCGAGACGGAUGGCUACAAACCGCAUCAUUACCAUUGCCAUAAUCACCGUCUUGGUCUUGCUCAUCAUGGCCGUCAUCUACAGCAAGUUUAGAUGAUUGUUUGUUCACUACUACGAGAAGCGUUUUCCCCGUUUGGCGUCUGGAGCUUCACAACACGUUAUACGAGUACACUUGGGGUUCUUAUAGAUUUAAUCAUUGAAUCAGUCUUAUCUUUGUUC